CAAAAAGUGUUCGAAAUGUAAUUCGCCAAAAAAGACAAUCCAAGGGCUCUAAUCCUUUCCCGCCAAAAUUGAGUACCCCAUUUAAGCUCCCAACGACGACGACGACAACGACAAUUACAGUCGCCGGUUUCUCCUUUCAGCCGCCGCCGCCGACAGUUACAGCCGCCGAUUUUAUUCCGACGACGACAACAAUUACAGUCGCCGAUUUUCUCCCUUCCGCCGCCGCCGCCAGUUUCUCCCUUUCGAGGACGAAGCCAACUUUCUUCGCCGGCGUCCGUACCAGUGUCGCCUUGACGGCAUAACCGCCGAGUCCCAGCAACAGUGCAUAUACAGCUUUAUCUUCCACAUUCGAGCGAGUGUUUGCUCUAAGUUCAAUAAUCUCCACCUAUUCCCUAGGGUCCCAACUGAUAUUCAGCUGCACAGUGUAAUUGGCCAGAAAUGUAUUCACCAAAUGAACAUCCUCCCACAGACCAACUUGCUGAAAACAAUCUUCAGCCAUUCUUCGUGCUGCACAAGGCAUCAAAGUCUUCAGAGUCGUCUGCUGUAAUGUCUCCUGGAAAACCAAGAAAAAGAAGACUUGACUCUUCACCAAAAGUGUCAUUAAAUAGUGAAAGCAUGAAAGAGAACUUGAAAAUGGAAGUUUUCCCCUAUGUCUGGUCAAAAAUUGAAUCCAACAUUAAGGAUGUCUUGAGGAGUAUAAAUGCUGAUGUAUUUGAUGAGAUAGGACGAUGGGUUUGUGAAUCUUUUAACGAAAUUUGUUCAUGUAGAGGGCCUGUUGAUCCAUCAAAGUCAACUCUUCCAUACCCUUUUGUUCAAAAUGGUGGUUUAGUUAAAAAGCUCUUCACUGCUCUGGUCUUCACCAAGAAUAUUGAAACAGUGGAUGACAUAUUAACUUUUUCUGAACUUGGUUUAAACUUGAAAUCUCGUGGAUGCUAUGUGGUUAAUAUUUCCUCCUUGGAUUUUUCUACCAAGAAUGGCAUCGGGGGUUGUCUUAGAGCGUUUCUGCGACAAUUGCUUAUGGUUGACAUUGAAGCAGCUGAUGUUUCGCUUUUAGCAUCAUGGUAUAGUGACCAUGGCAAGUAUGAGAAACCAGUGGUUGUAAUUAUUGAGGAUAUGGAGAGGUGUUCUGGGGCCCUCUUAUCAGAUUUCAUCAAAAUGUUGAGUGAAUGGUCUGUUAAGAUUCCAAUCAUCCUAAUUGCUGGUGUUGCUACUAGUACUGAUGCUCCUGCAAAUGUGCUCACUUCCCGUGCACUUCAAUAUUUGUCUACAUCAAUGUUCUUUCUGAAAUCCCCAGCUGAAAGGAUGGAUGCAAUCAUUGAGGCUGUUUUAGUAAAAAAUUGUGCUGGCUUUAGUGUUGGCCACAAGGUGGCGACUUUCUUGAGGAACUAUUUUUUAAGACAAGAUGGAACAGUUACUUCAUUUGUUAGAGCCUUAAAGAUGGCAUUAGUCCAACAGCUUUCCACUGAGCCUCUUAGCUUUGUGCUCAAGAUUUUAGUUGACGAGGGAGAUAAUAAGAGGUCAUGGUAUGAGGAUCUUGCUAAUUUGCCAGAGGAAGUGAUUAAUCAUGCUUUUGAGCUUCCAUCUUACAGGACAUAUUCAGUAAAUCGGAAUAAUCACGCAGAACUAAAUGCUAUGAGUCUAGACCAAGGACUAUCAGAACUGCAGAGGCUGCAGGAACUAUGGAGAUCUCGCCUUAUGUGUUUACAUGAAGCUGGAAGGUACCAUAAAGUUGCAUUGUUGGACUUGUAUUUGGAGGCAUUGGAUCCUGAGUUAUACAACUCCAGAUUAUCUAAUCAUGGCUGUGAUAAUGCAAAAGAUAAGAGCUUGUUGUCAGAUAGUGAUAAACUUUUCAGGCUACAAAAGGCUGAGGUUACCAAUCAAGUCAUCCGCAAAAUAAGGGACUUACCAGCUGCAAAGUUAUCCCAGUUGCUUAAGAGUUGGGAGGGGCUCACCAGAGGGACAGUUGAGGUUCAUGAGAAGAUUAUGGAGCUACAGUCUCAAAUGGUAUCAGGGGAUGUCAAAAGUCACAAAGCAGAAUUAACUGAUAAAUCAAACAAUUUACAAUGUUACAACUUGUGUAACAGAAGGCAUAUCAAUCGACACCGUUUAAAUAUGGAGAAAGAUGCAUGCACAUCAAAUGACAAAGCUAUGACUUUAGCAGGUCAAACGAUAAGGGACACCAUGCAGCCCAUUGAGUGUAUGCCAUUUCAUGAACUAAUUUGCUUCAAGGAUGUUGACAAUCUCCAAUCAAGAUCUCAAUAUGCCAUGAAAGCGUUUUAAUGAGUUGGUCCUGAAGAAACCAAAGAGUAAAUGCCGGAUUGACACUAGUGACCGUGUCAAUUGUGAUAGUGCGAGAUGAUGUAGGAGUAGACCCAUCUAGAUGACCACAGAGAUCGCAACCAUGCAUGAGCAUGGAAAAAUUAAGCCUUCCAUGUUGCGAAGUUCUGGCUGCCUGUUAAUUUUAUUGGCAACUGUGAAGAGUGAAGGCGGAUUCAGCUGGACGAUCGUUGCACCGGUAUUAUUCUCAGCAUUAACAACGUUAGUAGUGUUGGCCAUUUUGGAGGGUGGGUGGGAGAAAACAAAUAAGGAUCUUAAUCGUUAGAGUUUGUGAAGGCUCUUGAGACCAUAAAUGAACAACAUAAAAUGCCGAAGAACUUGAUUAAUCUUAUUGCUGAAAUGUAGCAAGUUGAUGGACUUUCUGCAGAAAAACAGUAAACACUGGAACAAAUACUGAUGUUCUAUACUAAAUACACUGAUAUUACAACCAGAAUUUUGAAAACAGCCACUCGAAUAUUGUUAACACUUGCAACACUUACAACACUGCUAACACUUAGACCCAAUUUGAACUGAAUAUUUUGCGGCAGUAUGCACUGGUGAAUCAGUGUUGCUACAUGCUGAUCCAGUUCUUGAGUCACGUGUUUCAAGUAUGUUUGUGCCUCGAGGAUAAUUGGGUCUAAACCCAACCGGUUUAUUGCAUGAACUUCCUGUGUAUUUGGUUCAAAUUUAAAACUUUGAACUUCUUGCAAAACAGAAUUUCGAUCCUCCACCUUUUGAGCCAUCUCCAUUAUCUCCUUCAAUGUUUGAGCCCGUAAAAACAUCACUUCUGCUUGAAUUUCCUCUUGUAGACCAUUCAAAAACGUUCCCGAUAACAUUUCAUCUGACGCCUCAUUCAUAGAUGCCGACACCUUUUCAAAUUCUUCACGAAAUGCAGUGACUGUGGUAGUCUGCUUCAACCCCAUUAAGACAACAUAUUGGUUGAUCUUUUGAGAAUGAUAAAAUCGGACUUUCUGCAGAAAACAGUAAAUACUGACGUUUUAUACUAAAUGCAUUAAUAUUCCAACCAGAAUUCUGAAAACAGCCACUCGGAUGUUGUUAACACUUAGAACACUGCUAACGCUAUAAAUUAUAUCCUAAUACUUGAAUGAAAUUCAGUUAUACAAUACAUAACACUAAAUUUACACAGAUUUCUGCAUUCCUAGAUAUUCGAGAGGCUAGAACUCUCCAGAAUUCACUUUUUUUUUUUUUUUUUUUUUUCUGAAUACCCUCCUCUACUGCCCUGCCCCUUUUUCUAUAGAAAAAAAAAUACUCCGUAACUGUCUCAUGACAGUUACUAAAUCUUUUAAUUGUUUAUUUUGGCCUCCUAGAAUAAGUAUUUAUAACUUGAGGCUCAUCACAAGUAAAUAUACACGAUGAGUAUCACAAUUACCCAAGUUAACUCCACAAAUGGGGGAGAUAAUGCUAAUCCUUGAAACUGCUAAAGACCUAGUAAAACAGCAAAAAUCCAGCAUUAACUAAUGACUAAUUUAGCAGUAAUUAACUAAUUCUAACUUAUGACUGAUACAACAGUAACUAAUGCACCGAUAAUAUCAAGGUUAUUAUGAUAGAGUAAGUACAAUGUUUUUGUGAAUUUUAUAAGUUGUUGAUUGAUGGCACCACUUUGGAUUUCUAGAGCAUGGAUAUAUCUUGCUCGAGUUAGAGAUCAAAUUUUCUUUACCGUAAUUCUUCGAUAACAAGGAGGAUAGCCUAGUGGAAAAUGAACCUCUACCUCCAAUCAUAAGGUUGGGUUUGAGUCACCAAGAGAGCAAAAUUGGAAAACCCACUAUUUGGCUCCUGCCUUUGGGGGUAUGGCUUUGCCAUGUCAUUUAUAUGUGACUCUUUCGGUUGUAUUUAACAUCAAAAGUACCAUUGAUAAAUUGCAAGUUGAUUCUUAGGCUUACAGUUGGUUUUACGCUUCU